CUUCUUCGCCGUCCGAGCAUGGCCUAACACUCCCGCCCAGGCUCACGUUAGCAACUCCCCGGCGAUUUUCUCCUGUCUUCACCAUUUUCAACCCCAUUCAUGUUGUAACGCUCUCCUAUCCACCGCCGUCUAAUCCGCCGCAUGGAGUCCCUCUUCGACUCCAUCAACGUCCGAGACCUUCUAUCCACCCAAGACCUCUCUGACCAUAACUCCCCUCUCUCCGCGCCUGAUCUGCGCCUCCUCAUCCAGCGUCUAGAGUCCCAUUCUUUGCACAUCAAAUCGAAAGUUCAGUCCUAUCUCGUCUCUCACCACGAGGACUUUGCCAAUCUCUUUUCACUCUGCAACGAUGCCGUUUCGCAGUCCCAUCAGAUUUCAGGUGGCGUCGCCGACAUCAUGCGGUUACUUUCCAACUCUCCGGCUGACGCGGGGGUACGCGAGGUGUUGGAGGAGAUGAGGAGCAAGAGGGAGGAGUUGAACGUAAAACGGGAGCUGCUGGGAUUGCUGAAAACCAUUGUCGAAGUGAACGGGAUGUUGCAGGGUGUGAGGGAUGGAUUGACGAAUGGAAGGCUAAAAUUUGCUGCUGAGGGGUUAAGAGACUUGAAAAUGGGUUUGAGGAUUGCUGACGAUGAUAAUCAUGGGGUUGAUGAGGAGCCAUUGGUAUAUGAGUUAUUGAGGAAGGAGUGGUCUCAGUGCUUUGAAGAGAUUCAAGAGGUCCUAUUAAAAUUUAUGGAAAAGGCUGUACAAUUUGAUGGGCAAUCUAAUCGAGUUGAAGUCAAAUAUCAUUUGGAAGUAGAUAGUAUUAAUGGGAUUGAGCUCCAAACAAUGAUGGAGGCAAUGGAAGUGGUUGGCAUUUUAGAGUAUGGGCUCACUAAAGUUGCUGAUUUGAUGAUCAAGUAUAUCAUUACUCCAUUCAUAAAUUCUGGACAGCCUGUUUCAUUUCUGGAGGAACUGAAUGAAGACUCAGCAGUAUUGAAGACAGUCUCAUCUCCAGAUGCAAAAGUUGAAAAUUCGGAUGGAGAUUUUCUCUAUUCAGGGAUUCUAUUGGUUAUUAAAUUUAUUUACAGAAGUAUUUGCUUCCAAAAUGCUUCUUGGAUACAGUGUUUUGGACGGUUGACAUGGCCCAGGAUAUCAGAACUGAUAAUAUCUAGCUUUCUUUCAAAGGUUGUCCCCACAGAUGCAUCUAAACUUCCCGACUUUCAGAAGAUAACCAAACGCACAGUAGAUUUUGAGAUGGCUUUAAAAGAAAUCAUGUUUAUUUCAGCAUCUGAUGACAAGGAUAACAGGCUGAGCAAUUUUUCUGAAAAUGUCGAGGUUCACUUUGCAUCUAAGAAAAAGAUUGAGAUCUUGGCAAAGGCUAGAAAUCUACUGCUAGGUUGUGACUUUGCCAUUCCUAGAGAGUAUACAAAGGAUGGUCCUAUAUGGAAGAACCAUGGAACUUCUGUACAUUCAUCCAGCCAUGUGGUGGAUUUAUUAUUCUUAUCGGAAAGGUGUUUAGUGUCCAAAGCAGCUAAACAAUUAAUGGAGCUAGUUCAUCAGACGCUGCAGGAUGUUUGCCUGUCAUCUACAAGAGUUGCUUUGGAAUUUUAUCAUGCAGCUAGAGAUGCCAUACUUCUUUAUGAAGUUGUUGUCCCUGUCAAGCUAGAAAGGCAGCUUGAUAGCAUCAACCAAGUAGCUGUACUGAUGCACAAUGACUGUCUUUAUUUCUCCCAAGAGAUACUUGGACUUGCAUUUGAGUAUCGUGCAGACUUCCCAGAUUCCAUUAAGGAGCAUGCUAUGUUUGUUGAUCUAGCUCCAAGAUUUCAGCUUAUGGCAGAAGAAAUACUGCAAAGACAAAUACAUCUGGUUAUCUUUAACUUGAAGGAGGCUAUAGAUGGUGCUGAUGGAUUCCAGAAUACUCAUCAGAUGCCACAAUUUGAAUCAGCAAAAUUUGGCAUAGAUCAAGUUGUCUUCAUUCUGGAGAAAGUACGCAUCAUAUGGGAGCCACUUUUGAUGCCUUCAACUUACAGGAAAAGCAUGUGUACUGUUUUAGAGUCAGUUUUCUUACGAAUUACAAGAGACAUACUUUUCUUAGAUGACAUAGCAGCAGAUGAGACAUUACAGCUACAAAGACUUAUUCAUAUGAUGCUGGAAAAUCUGUCAUCUUUGUUUGAGUCCCUGCUUUCUGUGGAUCAGAAGUCACAUGAUUUCUCUUUGGAAUCUUUUGAUGAUCUCAUCCCAUCAUUACGUAAAAUUCGCAAACUGUCAGAAUUAUUAGACAUGCCUCUAAAAUCCAUCACUGCUGCUUGGGAGAGUAAAGAGUUGCUCUGUUGUGGCUUUACAAUAACUGAGGUGGAAUAUUUUAUCAAAGCCAUAUUUACAGACUCAUCUCUGAGAAAAGAUUGUUUAUGGAGGAUAGAAAAUGCUAACUUUUAAGAUUCACAUACUUUUAGUACAGAUCUCACAAGAACAUAAAAAUUUUCAUUAAGCAAGAUGGUAGAAAAUUGAAGUGAUGAUCCCUCAAUGGCAAAUCAUGUUGAUUCCAUGCUCUCACUUGAAACAUCAUCGCCAGAAAAGAGCAAAGUGCGGCUUCGGCUGCAUGUGUAGAGAUGGUAAAUUUCUUGAAGAGAAGGCUUCCCCAAGAAAAUUUGUUGCUGCAAAUCCUUGCCAAUAAACUAUUUCUUCUCUUCUAUUUUUUCUUUUUGCCUCUGUAGAUCAAUGUGUAGCGGUCAUAUGCAUCAUAAAUUCUGUAGGAAGAAAGCAGAUGAUGCGAAGCUGCACUAAAAUUCUGUGCUGACAAAGUUUGUAUCUUUUUAAGGUCUCUGUAUUUUCAGGGUAAAAAAUGUUAAAGAUUCAGGGUGAUGUAAGUUAGGCGUUUUCCUAAUAAAUUUACUUGUAUUUUGCGUUAAAUAGUCGUUGAACUUGAUUAACUUCUGGUGGAUAUAAAACUGUGAUUAGAACUUCGUAAA